AAUGACGUAGUACUGUAAGAUGGCGGCCCCCCACUCCACGAUGCGGUUUUGGAAGCCCGGGUGUGAGGGGCCCGGAGUGUCUGAGGAGAGAGAGCUGGUGACGGAGCCCAGCGGGCCUGUACUCAUCUACAACCCACACAGCACCCUGUCUGUGGAGAAACAGAGGCAGAAACUGCCCGUAUUUAAGCAUAGGAACAACAUCCUGUAUCUGGUGGAGAGCUUUCAGACGGUGGUGAUAGUUGGAGAGACUGGCUGUGGGAAGAGCACGCAGAUUCCUCAGUAUCUGCUGGAGGCCGGCUGGGCUGCAGAGGGGAAGGUGAUUGGUGUGACUCAGCCCAGGAGGGUGGCGGCUACUUCGGUGGCCAAUCGUGUAGCUGAAGAGCGAGGAGCGCUGCUGGGCCACGAGGUCGGAUAUACCAUCCGCUUUGAUGACUGCUCAGAUCCUCAUGCUACUCGCAUAAAGUUCCUCACAGACGGGAUGCUGGUGAGGGAGAUGAUGGCUGACCCGCUCCUGAAAAAGUACAGUGUCCUCAUGCUGGACGAGGCUCAUGAGAGAACACUCUACACUGACAUUGCCAUUGGCCUUCUGAAGAAGAUUCAGAGGAAGAGGAGAGAUUUGAGGUUGAUCGUAGCGUCUGCUACGCUGGAUGCAAAGAAAUUUCAAGACUUUUUCAACCUGAAUGAAUCUGGAGACCCCAGUAAGGACACGUGUGGGAUUCUGACUGUGGAGGGCCGAACUUUCCCUGUGGAUGUUUUCUAUACCGUCAGUCCAGUGCCGGACUACGUAAAGGCCACUGUGGAAACUGUGAUGAAGAUUCAUGAGGCUGAGGAGGAUGGAGAUGUCCUGGCCUUCCUCACUGGACAGGAGGAGGUGGAGAAGGUGGUUUCUAUGCUGCAGGACCAGGCUCGCACUCUUUCUCGUUACGGCCUUAAGAAGCAUCUGCGCGUACUCCCCAUGUACGCUGGACUGCCCUACACUGAGCAGAUGAAAGUGUUUGAGAGGAUGCCCCCUACUGUACGAAAGGUGGUGGUGGCUACUAACAUCGCUGAAACCUCCAUCACCAUAAAUGGCAUCGUGUUUGUGAUAGACUGUGCGUUUGUGAAGCUCCGAGCGUAUAACCCUCGCACAGCCAUCGAGUCUCUGGUGGUCACGCCCAUCUCUAAAGCCUCCGCUGCUCAGCGGGCAGGCAGAGCCGGACGCAACAGGCCCGGAAAAUGCUUCAGACUUUAUACAGAGGAAGACUUUGAGAAGCUUCCGGAGUCCACUGUGCCGGAGAUGCAGCGCAGUAACCUGGCCCCGGUCAUCCUCCAGCUGAAAGCUCUGGGCAUCGACAAUGUUCUCCGCUUCAGCUUCCUGUCUCCACCACCAGCUCAGUCUAUGGUGCAGGCUUUGGAGCUGCUCUACGCUCUUGGUGGUUUGGAUCAGUACGGGCGUCUGACGGAGCCGAUGGGCGUGCGCAUGGCCGAGUUCCCCCUCAGCCCCAUGUUUGCAAAGAUGCUGCUGGAGUCCGGCAACUUUGGCUGCUCCAAGGAGAUCGUCACCAUAGCAGCCAUGAUGCAGAUCCAGAACAUCUUUGUGGUGCCGUCGGACCAGAAGAAAGCAGCCGCUCGUGAGCACAGGAAGUUUGCCGUGGCUGAAGGAGAUCAUCUGACCAUGCUGAACAUUUACGAGGCUUUCGUUAAGCAUCAGAAGAGUUCUCAGUGGUGUCAGGAACAUUUCCUCAACUAUAAGGGUCUGGUACGCGCCAUGACGGUCCGAGAGCAGCUGCGCCGCCUGCUGAACAAGUUUAAGGUGCCUCGAACGUCCAGCGAAGGUGACCCGGAUGUAAUUCUCAGGUGUAUAGUUUCUGGUUUCUUUGCUAAUGCCGCCCGUCUGCACCACUCUGGAUCUUAUAGAACUUUACGGGAUGACAGGGAGCUACACAUCCAUCCUAACUCGGUGCUUUAUGGGGAGAAGCCACCAAAAUGGGUGGUCUUCAAUGAGGUGGUUCAAACCUCCAAGUAUUUCAUGCGGGACGUGACGGCGGUGGAAUCUGCCUGGCUGGUGGAACUGGCGCCCCAUUUUUAUAAACAGGCCAAGCAUGGCUCUCUGGGAAGCAAACGGACCAAAGUUUUCUGAGCUGAAACAAUCCCCCACACUGCCCCCUAGUGGCAUUAGCCAUCGUCACAACUGGCCGGUGAACUGAUGAUCCUACAACACUUGAGCGCACACUUACACACUUACUCACUUACAGACAGAGCAUUUUCUAAGGCCGCAGGGCAGAGGAACUUUUCGCUUUAAAAGAAAAGCACUGUGUCUCAUCUUACUUUGUACAUAGUUGUAUUAUAUAUUUAUUUCUUCAUGUCAGUACCUCCACCAGCACAUGAACAUAAGCAGAGCAAGCUUCUAUCCUCAGAACUGGAGAUUUUAUGGGGUCAGAAGCUUCUUUUUUUUUUUAUUUUUGUACUGCUUUUUUGUGUUCUUGCAUGGCUUUGUAGUAACAGAGCGAGGAGAGUGGAGAUGAGAUGUGAUUAACAUAGUUUUGUUAAGAAAUGUAUGAGGGUAAAUGAUUUUAGAGUGAUUGUGCUGCUUUUCUGCAUUGCAUGAGCCCUGAAGUGACCAUCAGAUGACUAUUUUUAAUGACAAAAAUGAAAUCCUCACCAAGCAAAUACUGUGUAGAUGAGAUUUAGUGGCCUUUUUCACCAUUUUGUGCCAAAUAUAGUGCAAUCUUGUGUAAUAUUUCAUGGUUUAUGGUAUAUAGAAAAUAAAAGCAUUGUUAGUUAGCUGUUAAACCCAAA